GCGGGCACAAUGUCACCCCGGGUCCAGCUCCCACGCUUCGCAAGGCCCAGCUCUGCCACCCACCCCCGUGGGGUCCAAGAUGGACAACUUCGAGUACAGCAUCCAACUGAGCGACCGAGAUUGGGCCGAGUUCGCCUUGGCAGCGGACGAGUGUGCUUCGGUCCAAGCUGCGCUGGCCUCUGGAGACGAGCCUCUGUCCAGUGACAUUGACCAAGGGGACAGCAGCGGCAGCAGCCCCCCCGCGCCCGGGGCAGGCUCUCUGCUCCGCAGUGUCCUCGGCUCCCCCGGGGAGGGGGAAAUGGAUACGAGCUUGGUCAGCAGCUUUCAGUGUGAGCACGGCCUGGCCCAAGGGGGUGAUCAGCAGACUCCACGCACGUCCACCUGGCCAGAGGGGCAGCUGCUGAGGGGACCGGCUACUCCCUCCCUCUCCCCGCCCCCUUCCUGCAGCAGCCAGCUAGAAGGGCUCAGGCCAGAGGCGGGUGGGGCGGGUGCCACAGGCGAACCGGCUAUGCAGAGUGCUCCCCACCAGACCCAGGGGUCCCAAGUCCCCACGCCGCCUCUGUCCCUGUGCAGCUCCGGAAAGGGCCCCCCUGCUGACGGCAGCCCCGGACCUUCUCCCCAGGGGCCCGGGAGGAAGAAAAGGAAAUCGGGAGGGAGCAAGGCAGGAGGCUCCCCCAAAUCUCAGGAUCCCAAGAGGCACGAACCCCUCAGCCCUGCUCCCGGGGAUGCAGCCUCCAGGGAGUCUGCGACACUUCCUGCUGGCAAGGAUCCCGUGCCCUCGCUGGACUCGACCCUCUCGGCUCUGCAGAGACCCAAGUCAUCCACACAGUUACCUGUUUCUGAGCCUCCUCCAAACCUUACUACUGCUGCCUCUGAAGCCCAGGCUGGCUCCAGCUUGUCUACACCAGUCUCCACAGACGGGCCAGAACUGGGCCCAACUACACCCACCUUUUCAGCAGGGGCAGACCAGGCUCAGUCUACAGCCACCUCCGCAGAUGGGACAGAAUGGGAUGAACGGGAUCCAUCUACACCAGCCUCCAAGGAGGGGCCUGAACUGGUUCUGUCUACACCAACCUUCACAUCCAGACCAGAUGUGGGUCUGUCUACACCUGCCUCCACAGACGGGCUAGAAUGCAGUCUGUCUACACCUGCCUCUACAGAUGGGCCAGAACAGAGUCUGUCUGCACCCAACUCCAUGACCGGGCUAGAACUGGAUCUUUCUACACACAUCUCCACAGCUGGGCCAGAACUAGGCCUGUCUACACCUGUCUCUACAGCUGGGCCAGAACUGGAUCGGUCUAUACCCACCUCCACGGCCAGACCAGAGCUGGAUCUUUCUACACCCAUCUCCACGGCCAGACCAGAACUGGAUCUGCUUCCACCUACCUCCACAGCGGCACCAGAAUUGGAUCUGUCUACACCCACCUCCACGGUCGAAUGGAAUCUGCACCCAGUUACAGCAGAUACAGUGAGUCAACAAGGUUUGACUUUGUCUACACGUGGCCCUCCAGCUAACUUGGGAUUACUCCCAUCUGUACCUCCUGGGGUCUUUAAACAGGAUUUGGGCUCAUCCCCACCUCGCCUAUUUCCUGAACAUCGUUCGGACCCGGCUUCACUUGCCCCAGGGGGCAAGCCAGAUGUGAACUGGAUGGCCGGGACUCUGUUCGCUUCGGAAACACCUGCACCCGCCUCCAUCCCUGAGUUGCAUUUGGAUCUGUCCAAACUUACCCCAACGAACCUGUCUGCACCUGCUCCCGUGGCCGAACCACGGGGAAAUCUGCCCACCCCGGCUUCGGCCUCCUGUCCAAGUUUGGCUCUGCCUACACCCCUGCCAGGGGAGAGGCUAGAAGGGAGCUGGCGGGUGUUCCAUGGGGCGUCCAGUGGGGAGCUCAGUGAGGGGGCCGGCGGGGCGAUGCUGACCCCUAAACCCAGGAAGGAAACCUCAGCCACUCCAGACUGCCCCAGUGACCCUCUCUCGGAGCCCUCAACACCCCCACCCAAAAGCCCCCGGAGGAAGAAAGUGAGGUUCUCUCUAGCUGAGGUCCUUCCGGGGGAGGGGUCGGUUCCACCGGCCCCAGGAUCACCAGGUGCAGUGACCCCCAGGACGGUGGGGGUCCGGGGGGCCCCAAGGGCCUGGGAUGCAGUGGCAGUGUCCGGGAGAGGGGACUGCCCCAGGGCGCGGCACCCAAAGCCCCUGGCCCCACCCCGGGCCCCAUCCUCAGCCUUGGCCCCCCGGGAUGCCUAUGCCGUGACACUGCCCGAAAUGUAUGACUUCUUCUUCUGUGACACGAUCCUUGAGGAGCCGGAGCCAGAGCCCGAGGACCCACCGACCCCGCCGGACGUUCAGUGGCCUGAAAUGUGCGAGUACUUCUUCCAGGGGCCACGGGGCAAGGGCCCGAGGAGGCUGCGGAGCCCCCCGCCUGCCCCUCGGAGGUCCGGGUCACACCCGCCCCUUGGGCCGCAGGUCCCCAUCUCCAUCCCUGAGGCCUAUGAGCACUUUCUGGGUGAGGGACCCAGUGGGGGUGAGGUGGGGGCAGGGGCCACCAUGGGGGGGACCGACUCCUGGCGCCAGCUCCUGGACCCUCUCCUGGGACCUCCGAAGGCCACAGCAGAGUCGGACAUCACCAUCGCCCUGCCAGGGAGGCCCCUGGUCCCCUUCAACCAGAGUGACAUAUGCUUGGGAUUCAUGGCUUUCGCCACCUGGGCCGUGAAGACAUCAGACCUGCAAGCUCCAGAUGCCUGGAAGACAGUGCUGCUGGCUAACAUCGGCACUGUGUCCGCCAUCCGCUACCUCCGGAGACAGGCACGCAAGGCACAGGCGUCGCAGUAGCCUCUGCUGGAGCUGGGCUGGUCAGCUGGAUGGAUGGACAGACAGUGCACCGGUGGACAGGCCGCCCAAACUCAGCGAUCAGACGUCAGGAGGGCGGCCGUCCAGGCGGGAGAAAAGAUGGCAGCCGGGGGUGGGGGGGCAGGGCUGAUCUUGUAGCCAGAAAUAAGGGGUCAGGGGAGAGACUCUGGACUCUGGUGGCCCAAGCCACAGGGAUUGACUAGAGAGAGUGCUACCCCCUCCAUUCCUAGUCUGUACCCCGUCGUUUUGUCCUUGCCCUGCCCCAACUCCCAACCCUCGUCCGGCCAGAAAACAAGCUCAGAAAAGUGAGUAGGUGCCACUGCCCUCAUUCCUUUGCCCCAUGGCCUCUACUCAGGAGACUUGAAGGGGAUGGGGGAAGAGAGGGUCCAGGGGGAUUUCCCAUGGACAACUCCCCUCCUGCAACCUUGAUUCUCACAGGAAACUUGCAGAGGAAGGAGAGUGAGAAGAGGGGGAGAGGAGUUCAGUGCUGCUUUGCUGCAAGAUGGGGACUGAGAAUGGGUGUGCUAAUUGGAGGAGAAGGGAUGCUUGCUAGGGCCAAACUGGGAUGGGAGGAGGACAUGGGGGGAGGUCUAAGCAGGUGUUUGGGAAAGAGAAGGGUAAAGAGGAGAAAGAGAAACUGGGACAGGUCAGACAGGAAAGGAUGGAAAGGGGAAUUCAAGAGGGCUAGAGUGGGGCUGACUCAGGGAAGGCUUCCCGGUGGAUGUGGGCUGCAGCGGGCCUGUGAAGGAGCGAGAAGGCCAGGCGAGGCUGGGGGUGGGAUGGCCAAAAGUUUGGGAUUGGGAAAGGACCAGGGCAAGGGGCUGACAUCCUAGGAGUCAUUCUCACCGCAUCUGUUCCCUCGGCCUGGGCUCACGACCCCAACCUCCUGUCGACUGCCCAGCUGUUCUGUGGACUGCAAAUGUCACUGCUAUACAUGGCGGGAGCAGCCUGAGCAGGGGCAGCUGACCACCUCCCUCCCACGGGACAGUAAACCUCGUUUUUCUAUCU